AAGAAUAAAGAGAGCGGGAACACGUACAGCUCUCUGCUCUCCGUUCUCCUCUACUUAAGCGCCCAUUAGGUCUUCAUUUACCUUCGCCAACACUUCUCUACUUUUGCUUUUCCCCUUCUCUCCGUCUCUGCUUUUCUCGUUUUUGAGAUCUGCGCGUUUCCUUCAGUUUUUCAUUUCGCAACACUCGAACCGUUUAAGUUAUGGCUCCACCAAUUGAGACUCCAACCAAAGCCCCUGAAUCUCACCAUUCUUCACAUCCCCCUCUGAACGAAAGGAUACUUUCUUCCAUGACCAGGAGGUCUGUUGCUGCACAUCCAUGGCAUGAUCUUGAGAUUGGACCAGGAGCUCCAGUGGUUUUCAACUGUGUUGUUGAAAUUGCAAAAGGAAGCAAGGUGAAAUAUGAACUUGACAAGAAAACUGGACUGAUCAAGGUUGAUCGUGUGCUUUACUCGUCAGUUGUGUACCCUCACAACUAUGGUUUCAUCCCCCGUACUCUCUGUGAAGAUAAUGAUCCCAUGGAUGUCCUUGUUAUUAUGCAGGAACCAGUUCUCCCGGGAUGCUUCCUUCGGGCUAGAGCUAUAGGCCUUAUGCCUAUGAUUGAUCAGGGUGAGAAAGAUGACAAGAUAAUUGCUGUCUGUGCUGAUGAUCCUGAGUAUCGACACUACACUGAUAUCAAGGAUCUUCCACCACAUCGUUUGGCUGAGAUUCGCCGUUUCUUUGAAGACUACAAGAAAAAUGAGAACAAGGAGGUCGCGGUUAACGACUUUCUGCCAGCCAGUGCUGCUUAUGAUGCAAUCCAGUACUCUAUGAAUCUCUAUGCAGACUACAUAGUGGAGAGCUUAAGGCGGUAAUUAUUUCACUGAUUCAGUUUGUGGUCCUUAUAUACAGACAUAAUGCAGCUAUAUAAAGAAGUCCUUUUCAUCACUGUUAGUUAUGCUAUCUCCCCUGUAUUUCAGCAUGUACGCAGGAUUUGCAGGGUCUUUAUUGUCCUUUCCUUUAUGAACUGUUUGUUUAUUGGUCACGACAAAUUAUGCAAUUAUGAUGGCGAUAAUUUUAGAUGAUCUCCCAUGUAAUGACAAAUUGUCAUAAUCUUUUCAUCUCGUCUUCAUCAUGAUUAUUUGAUUGUAAAGUGGCAAUUUAAUUUGUUUGUUCGAUUCAGUCCAGAUAUACAUACGGUUUCCCGAACUGUUUUACCGCUUCCAUUACACUGAUUGU